AUGUCGGGGUACCACAACUUUCAUCGCCCAUAUAGUGCAGAACAACACAACGCGUCAGCCGAGGAGUUGUUUCACGACCCAGCUCAACAAUUUGCUUCCCAUUAUGCUACCUACCCAGACCCCCACUGGCAGCAUGCUCUUCGUGCAGGCGACUACAACAUUCAUAUCGACGAGUCGGCAGCUCUUGGACAUGGACAUGACAUUGUAAAUGCAGUCUAUCCGCCACUACAGUCAUCCUACGCAACGACUUCCCAGCAACAAUGGCCAGUGCGACAAAGCCAAGCUCCUCGGAGGUCUUCUUCCGGCUCUAUACAUUCACCGGCAUCGAAUUAUAUGAUGCCUGACUACGUCGCAGACCCCGCCUUCGGUUAUAGCAAUCCUUACCCUGCCUACCCACAAGCUCAACACGUUUCGCCCGCUGGAUCACAAGAGUUACUGCUGUCUCCUCACUACAACUCGCAAAAUGUCUCACCACACACUACGCCACCCCUUCAUUUGACUCCACCAACGACGCCCGGUGGUACUCAGCAGGGGUUCACAGCAUCUCCGAGUCCAGAUCGUAACUCGCCUCUGCUGUCUUUCGCGCAGUCCCGACCCGAAGGGCGAUCCAACUCGCUGUACACCCAUCGAGACCAGCUGCAGUUCUUCAAAGAUGCUCUUUCGCUUCCCACGGCUGGAAUAUCCGGGCCUUUUGUCCCCCAACUCAUGUACAAGCCACACACUAACAGCGACCGCCGUCGGUACGUUGAGGAAGUCGACCUAGAAGGGCCAAUCCAUUUUUGGGUCGAAAAUCCUUCAGAAUGUGGAAUUCCCCUCGCCGAUGCGCUGCACUCUCGAGUCAGACGCCUGUUGAAGCGUGAAGAGACCGUCUUUGAAGGCCGAGGACCCAGUGUGUCUAUUCGACUCGAGUGGCCCGGAUACAGACAAUGGAGCCGACAGAUCCCAACAAAAGACUUCCGUAGUCCCCCUGGCCCAAUUACACGCGCCAAACUCGCUAAAAAUGUUGCCAAAUGUGUACAAAGAUUUAUUCAGGAGAGACAAGGUCAACCGAUGGAAGACGACGCUGAUCCAAGAUGGAGAGUUGGUCCUGGACCGCACCAUAUAAAACUCGAGGAUCUUAUUCUCGUCAGCAUCCACCAUGUCUCGAUGGGCAGUUGGCAACCACAUCUCAGGCUGCGACGCCCACUCUAA